GGGACGCGUGCCUGCCCGCCUCUCGACCAGUCGCGUGCUGUGAGCCAGUCCGAGCUAAGGCCGUGUGCCGUGGGAACGCCCGUCUGUGGUGGAUGUAAAGGCGUCUGCUGCACCUUCAGAGUCUGACGUCAUCUCCAACGUCUGACAUCACCAUCUGACGUCAUCUCGGACGUCUGACGUCAUCUGUGCGAUAGGACACCACCCCAUCCGCUUUGAGAGGCCAUGAAUGCGUAAACGCGCCUCGUAUUUCAUCGGGUGUCACUCGGAAUUCGGCAGCUGCGGCGCUGGGUCGGGGACUGCAACUCCUCACACGACGGAAGCGGAGGCAAAUAUUCGGUGACUGCAGCGAAACACAAGACAGUAGCGCAAGGCGUCGCUUGAAGGAGAACUGGUUGAACGUAUUGGCUUUUGGAGGUAUCAACCAGCCGGCCAAACGCUGGCACGGGUGAAAAAGAUUUUCUGAAGAGGUAGUCGCCUGUUAGUCACUUUGCAAGACAGCUGACCACUGCACCGUGCCCGACACUACUGUGACAGCUCCAGCAGUUCAGUGCUUAGCGUGUGGACUCGGCGUGUGGACAGUGUGGCUUUGGAGUGUGGACGGCGGCUGCAGUGAUGUGCGGUGUCAUCAGCGAGGACCAGUGAAAAGUGUCAGUGACCGGUGCCAGUGACUGUUGCCCGUGGUGUGUGACGGUGCGUGUGUGGUAGCUAAACCUCACUCGAGGCGGAAAGACACCUAUCCGCCCACCACCAUGAGUCGGCCAGGAUGGACCAUGUCUCUACAGAGACCCGCCAAGCUCGCCGGCAAAAAGGCACUCAGAGGUGGCGAGAUGGUGAGCCGACGAAGGAUCCUCAGCCGCUCCCGGGACGACCUCAACAUGGAGGCCUACCAGGAAGAGGAGGAUGACGUCUGGUACAAGAAGGAGAAGCUCUACAGCGACCACAUCAGGGAGGUGCUCUCCAAAUGGGACUCCAUCGACGACGAGAUCUGGGCCAAGAUCAUCGUGUUCGAGCGCAACCGACGCGUGGCCAAGGCGUACGCGCGAGUCGGUGUGCUCACCAUCCAUGGCUCCGAUGUCGGCUUCGACGGGAGCAAAAUUGGUCUCGGUGGUUUCGAUAAUCCACUGAGAGAUCCCAAGAUUGAAGAGGUUAAACGGUACAUUGGCGCGGGAGUGAAGAUUAAGAUGGACAACGAGGGCAACAUGAUGGUGAAGAAGCUGGCCAAGUCCAACGUGUUCGUGCGCUACGCCAACGGAGAGAACGCCGUGGGAUCGGACAUCCUGAAGCUGCCUCAGGCCGCGCUGGAGGCCAACAAGGGACUGACGAUGUUCGACCUGAAGAAGUUCCAGCAGAACGUGAACCGGGAGCUGAAGCGACAGUACCCCGACCGCACCCGGCUCGAAACUCAGUGCAUGACCUCGCUAGCCUUCGUCAAGAACGAAGACGACAUGCUCAACUGCCCGUGCUGGGUGCUAGUCAUCAACAUCGUUGCCCUGGACAUGCUGAAGGGCAAGCUGAUGCCAGGUCUGCGGUCGGCGAUCCCCCCGAGCGUUCCGGCAGUGCGCAGCUCGAUCCCGAUCCCUGACGAGGACCCCUACAGCGUGGCCGGUUCUGGCGGCAGCUCGGGCUCCUCCGGCAGGAUGGGCCGCUCCGAGAGGCCGCCCAAGCUGCCUCCUCGCGACACCGAUCGACUGCCGCACAGAGAUAUCCCCAACCCUGACUACGGAGACGACACGGACGAGCAGGACGCCCCUGUUCAGAACAGUGGAGGAGGCGGAGGUCUGAGGGCCCGGCUUCACCUCGGAAGGAAGAAGGAGAAGAAGGAGAGGAAGAAGGGCGAUGAGCUCUACUACGGAGGCUUCCAGGCGCGUGUGCCCAACUUUGUCAAGUCGAAGGGCUCCAAGGAGGACCCGUCGGCGGGCCGGGACCCUCGCGAGCUGCGGGGCGACCCUCGUCUGCCAGUGGACCCCAGGGAUAUGCGCGGCUACCUGCCCCCGGCGCACCCCAUGCAGCACGCCACCCUGCAGCACCAACCACAGAUGUGGCAACAGCGAGCCGGCUACGACCCGGCCAUGGGAGCCCGGAUGCAGUUCGGUACAUUGCCUAACAUGAACCGACUGGCGCAAAAUCCCGUCUCUUACGUCCAACCCAUGCCAAUGCAACAUGAUGACCCGUACUUCUCUGGCCUGCGUGUGCGCGUGCCGGGACUGCGCGGCGGCCUGGAGCGUGCCGACUCCCUGCUCUCCUCAGAGACGGACUCUCCCUACUCUCUCGGACCGGAGCCGCGUGGUCGCCACCGGCGCCGCUCCUCCUCUCGCUGCAGAGAGACGGCUACCGAACAGGCCGCGGCUCUAUACACCGCCAACCGUCCGCCAACGAGCCGCCACGGCCGGCACCGCUCGCGACGCCGCUCCCACUCCCGUGAACACUCCGGGUUCCCCAUGGUGUUCCCGGUGGCUCGCGAGCCGAGCCCGCCUGACUCGGACUCUGUGAGUCCGGCACGCCGCCGCCAGCUGAGUCCGGCGGAGGUGUACUCGCUCAGUAUGAGCGUCUCCCAGCUGCCGCCGGAGCGAGAGGCUAGUCCUGCCCGGCGCAGAGCGAUUCGCGUCGGCAGAGAGCGACCACACAGCCCGCUCGGACCUCGCGGCUCAGCUUACUCGCCUAGCCGCGAGGUGUCGCGCCGGUCGGCGGCGGCUGAUGUAGAGGGCGCGUACGUCGCCGGCGGCCGGGAGCCUGUCAGUCCCACGGGUGCAGAACACAGGGUGGAGGAAAUGCGUGAACGCUUCGAGGCCGGUCUGCUGAGCAGGGGCCGCCGCAGCAGACGGAGUGUGGCGCAGGAGAAGUGAUGACCCUUCGAACUUCGAUUUGGACGAGCAUGUGGAUCAGACAAGGUGAUCCAUGUGCUCUAGGACUCUUUCAGACCUGGCAAGACCACGUCUGCAUCCGCCCAGGGUAGUGGACUGCAGUGAUGUUUACAAUGGGAAUGACCAGCGUGAUAGACUGACAGCACUAGCAGCACGCAUUCGGUGAUGCGCGGAAUACACGUGUGGUGAAAUCUGCUCAAGGACAGUGUAACGAUGAAAUGACAGCGUGAGCUGAGCUCAAAGACUCACCGUUCGGCCAUGCAGUGUUCGAGGCCGAAAUGUGCUCAGAGUUCGCUCUACCUGGCUCCGUUUCUCAUGGAUCGGUGCUCUUCCAGCUGCGAGGUCUCGUUUGUGUGAAGGAGGUCAAGCAGUGCUCGAGCUAAGCUUCAUCCUACUCCAAGUAAGUCAGGUGUAUGAUGCGGUUACUAACUCAGCAGGUGCUAAUACUGGCGAUGCUGCUCUUUUCAGCAGCUCGUUCAGCAAUGUGCUGGAUUUUUUUGCCAUUUAUAUUAAAUGCGCGAUAAACUGCUGUUAUAUGUCUAGAAUGAAUGUCGGCCGAAUUAAAAAUGUCUACUACCGUCUACUCUCUAGAGGUUAGAGGGAUAUUACUCAUAAGUCUUAUAUCAAAAUUGGGCAGAUAAAAUUGCGAAACGAACAAACAGCUUCUCACAUCAGUGCUCCUUCUCCGUUCUGAUAUUUUUCACCAGGUGCAUGUCUGUAAUGUACCGACGAUUAUUGCAAGGUUGUGCAACAAGCUACCAUGUCUGUGUAAUGCCUGUGACCAUGUCUGUGACUGCAGGGUGGUCGGCUGGGGUGACAGUCGGAACCUCGGCCCCCACAAUAUGACCGAGUGACUGAAGCGAACGUAACAGUGUGUCCGUUGUUUCCGGCGUCCACGGCAUAACGUGGACGGUCCAGAGAAUAUGUGGACUGUGGAAUGUAACCGAUGAUGAUUGAUGCCGAGAAUCAGAGAGCCAAUAUACGUUAGAGAACGUAUUGACGCUACCUGUACUGUCAACUUUCGAUGACCGGUGUGUAUGCCUCAACCUCUGGUCGGUAAUUAGCCCUCUGAGGCCAAGUCUGGUCUAAGCGAACGUGCGCCUUGACUGAUGUAACCGCAACGCGAGUCACAGUUUGUAUGUAACGUAACCGAUGAUGAUUGAUGCCGAGAAUCAGAGAGCCAAUAUACGUUAGAGAACGUAUUGACGCUACCUGUACUGUCAACUUUCGAUGACCGGUGUGUAUGCCUCAACCUCUGGUCGGUAAUUAGCCCUCUGAGGCCAAGCCUGGUCUAAGCGAACGUGCGCCCUGACUGAUAUAACCACACCGCGAGUCAGUUUGUAUGUAACGGAUUGAUGGUGAGAUGACGUGUCUGCAAUAAACCGAAUUUACCGUU